CCGGUUGCACUGGGCGUUUUCAUUGGCCGCCGUCUGGUAACUCGCAACUUGGCGACGACUGGCCUCAUCGUCCUUGAUGCCAUCCAAGAAGCGGUUCCAGCGCACGAACGGCGUCGCGAAGGCGUCGGUGGUCGACCCGUCGCUGCACAAAGCGUGGGCGCACGACUGGCCCGGCGUCGUCGUGCACGAGGAGGCCGGCGCGCCGUUCUUUUCGUCGGCCGCGAUCCGCGCGAGCGGCGAGUUCUUUCCGCGGCUCAAGACGAUUGCGAACCCGCGCAAGGCGUACAAGGACGGGAUCUACAUCCUCCUCAACUUGAGCUGGGUCACGCUCAUGCCGGCGCUCGCGGCCAUGUACUUUGCGAGCAUCUUUGCCUUUGGCGUCGUCUUCUUCUACGUGUGCGGAAACGCCGCCACGUUUUCCGACGACUUUAACCUCUCGUACACGACGUUCUCGACGAUCGGGUUUGGCAUCCUCUUCCCGGUUGAGCGCUGCGCCAACUACGUCGCGAUCGCCGAGGCGUUCGUGUCGCUCCUCUCGAUCGCCGCGCUCACGGGCCUCAUGUUUGCCAAGUUUGCCAAGCCCAAGGGCAAGAUCGCGUUCAGCCAAGUGGCCGUCGUGCACCCGUACGGCACCGAGCGGCUCGCGCUCGUCGUGCGCGUCGCCAACGCCACCCAGUCCCAAGACGUGGCCCGCGACGUCAUCAUGGACGCGUCCUUUUCGUUUACGCUCAUUCGCAUCGAGAAGGAGAACGAGAUGGGCCCCGCGCGGCUGCGCUACUACAAGCUGCCGCUAUUGCAGUCGAACGUCAUUACGUUUCGCAUGGUCCUCGCGCUCGUCCACGUGAUUGACGAAGAGAGUCCGCUCUUUGGCCUCACGCAGUCGACGCUGGCGGCGUCCCAGUUUGUGCUGCAGGUUGGCAUGACGGGCGUCGACUCGACGCUUCAAGACACGGUCAUGGAGCGCCAAAUCUAUUCGAUCGAGAUGCUGCAGUGGGGCUUCCGCUUUGGGGAGAUGCUCCACUUCUCGGACGACGCGGUCGCGAUCGACUUUGACGAGCUCAGCAAAGUGCACUCGGCCCCGAUCGACGACUCUUAUGCAGCCCAGUACGCGCCUCGCCCGUCGCCCGUCCCGACUAUAAGUAGCAACACGAAGCUGCACCAGCAUCCUCUUGGGUCGGUGCUGAGUCCGACGCCGCGCAUGGCGUGGGCGUCGUCGUCGCACAAACGAAGCUCGCGCCGGCUGCGGCAGCCGCUUCGACCGACCGAUAUGGAGCCGCUCUUUGAGCCGCUGUUGCAGCGCGACGUCGGGACGCAGCGCGUGACCAAGCCCCGGCGUCGCCAGCCGUCGCAUCAUGGGGCGUCCAUGCCGGUCGAGCAAUGGCAGCUGCUCCAGCACCAGGUCGCGGGCGACACGAUGGCGGCGACCGACUCGACGUCCGGCCUUCUCUGGGCCCACACGACCACCAACAGCCAUGCUGAGCCCCAUGACGAAGAGGACGACGAGGACGAUGACGACGAUGACGAGAGAGAUCUCGAUUUCUCCGACGCCUCUAGUGUGCACUCGGUCGAGAUUCCCAACACGCCGCGCUUCCUUCGCGUCUCGCCGCUGCACGUGCCCUUCUCGUACUCGUUCCAGAGCUUCUACUACAGCGCGCUGCACAUGAAGUGGCCGCGCAUCAUUGCGCUCAUUGUCGUGGGCUUUGUCGUCAUGAACGUCGCGUUUGCGGGUCUCUACCUCAUUGACUUUAACGGCGUCUUGGUCACCCCGAGCAUCGCGGCGGCCAGCUCGCCCUUUGAAGUGUGCUUGUACCUCAGCGCACAGACGCUCGCGACGAUCGGGUACGGUGUCAUUGGGCCGCAGCCCGACUCGAAGAUCAACAACUUUUUCGUGGCCCUCGAAUCGUCGUUUGGGCUCAUCUUUACCACGAUUUUCACCGGCAUUGCGUGGUCCAAGUUUGCGCGGCCCCGCGCCCACAUUCACUUUUCCAAGCACAUUGCUAUCACGACGAUCCACGGCCAGCGCGUGCUCGUGCUCCGCGCCGCCAACACGCGGCACCACGGCGACAUCCGCGAGGGCUCGUUCCGGCUCGGCGUCAACCUCACAAAUUCCAAGACGGGGCUGCGGCAAAUGCAGGACGUGCCGCUCAUCAGCCCCGAGUGGCCCUCGAUCCGCAUUCCCGUCACGCUCAUCCACGUCAUUGACGAGGCGUCGCCGUUCUACCAGUUUCAGUCGCCGGCCGACUUUUCGAACUACCGCGUCUCGGUCAUCACGCUCUUCACCGGACUGGACACGACGUUUACUGAAAACGUCUAUGCGCGCAAAAUGUACUUUUGGGACGACUUUGUCAUGGACAUGCACUUUGACGACUGCGUCGACGUCCGACCCGACGGCGUCGUGAUCGACUACCGCCGCUUUGACGUGCUCUUGCCGGAUGCAGAACCGACCAUCACGGUCGCUUAGAGAGAUCGACGCAUCAUACGUCGUCGUUCGGCCAGUGUAUAAUAAUGAGGAUGCGUACCACCGAA